UUAGACACACUUUGAACUGCGGUUCAAACCAAAGACCUAUCAAUAUACAUAUGUAUAUUGAUAGGUCUUUGUUCAAACUCUUGAACUCGGGUUUAAGGAUUUAAUGUGCAAACGGCACUUUGAACCCGGGUUCAAAGUAUCUUAACUAUAUAGUUAACUGUUAAACCGUGGUUUAAGGAAUUAAUGUGCAUUUCGCUUGCCAUAGGGAAUCGAUAGGGUCGUAGAAACGCGUACCUGUCAAGGAAAGGGUUAAAGUAAGAGAACUGCAUACGCCAGUGACUGAGUAUAGAGUUAAAUUGUGACAAAGUGGAGUAAUAGGCUUCAACAGCUGUCUAGUAAAAAUUUCUAGAUUUCAAACAUGCCUGUACUCAGUAUAGAGGAUUACAAGAGAAAUUUUGUACACGUCAACAAAUAUGGCAGAUCUUCUUCAGAUGGCUUGCCUAGACAAACCCUUGUUGUGUACAAAUGCGAAUGGGACAUAGAGUGUGACAGACAUUUCAACAAAGGCCAGAUACCAUGGUCAGUAAUCAAGAAUGAGGAAGAUUGCCAUGCGGAGACAUAUUUGUUGAAUUCACUGAGGGAGAAACUGAAAACCUAUCAUUCAUUCAGAUAUGAAAACUUCCAAAAUCAACAAGACGAAUUGAAGAAGAAUCUGCACGUGCACACAGAAAACGACAGAUCUAUAAAGCCUUUGGGCCACUUUUUUCUCAACAUAUAUCUAAGUUAUUCCCCCUGUGGGGAUUGCGCAGAUCAGCUGAUAACCUUCGCCAAUGAGUUCCAUGAUCAGUUAGAUGUCCAGAUCAACAUUUCCUUCAGCACUUUUUACGAGCACACUAAGCCAUCCAACUAUGUCGGUCUGCUAAGACUUCGCAAUCCCAUCAUCAGAGGUGAGGACAGAAUUUGCAUGUCCAUACUCAAUGGCGCAGACAGUUGGGAGAAGUUCUUUAAAGAAAUGGAGGUGAAAGGAACUAAAACAUUAUCGAAGUGGAAGGAAAUAGCGACAACAAGCCUGAGACAUGAAAGAGAGAAAGACGACAACAGAAUUUUCAGCAUGCUUGAUGGGCCAAAAGACGUGCCUCGGAAAAGGUGUUUAAAAUUCUUCAGUGAUUUCGACAUUCACACACCAUGUUACUGGAGUCACAAGUGUUUCAGGUGUGAAAAUAUCCAUGAAAUCCCACACUUGUGCGAUAAGUGGAGCCAUGAUGGCCAUGAAGCUUCCACCUAACUUCAAGGUACACCACUGAAUUGUAAUUAGCUUAAAGUUGGCACCUAACACCACACAACAGACCCCGCAGUGUUUUUUUUUUUCAAAUACCAAUAACUUUCCAUUAGCGCUUCAUGCUGAGGUGAGCCAAAAAAUCAUCUGAGGCAAUGUUCAACACACCAGUUUUAAUAGCCAAAGUACACACAGGAUUGACAGAGAAAAAACCAAAUGGUUCGAACUAAGCAAAAGUGUCCCAAACAAAGUCCACCAUAUUGUAUGCAAGAAGCCGAAUGAUAAAAAUUAAUGUUCAAAAUUCAAUUUAUUAGUUCUUAUGCAAAUGGAAAAUGUUGGUGUUAAUGGAAUUAUUUUAUCCGGAUUGACAACAUUAAUGUUUAAAAUUGAAAUUGUGAUUAAAUUGGAAAAUUGCGCAUAUAAAAAGUGUAAAUUAUGUAAUCAAUGAUCGAAACAGUAGGCAUUUCUUCAACUAUAUUAUGCAUUAACAAUUUUUUGUUGAGGUUUUGAAUAGGAAAUAUGUAUUUCACUAAAUUUGAGAGCAUGCAAGUUAUUACAUGAAUUGUGUUAUGUGAUUUGUUGUAAUGGUAUUAAUUUAUGCUUAAUCUUUGUUGAAUAUUUCCUGUGGUUACAGUAAUUGAUACAAAACAAGAGGGCCUGAAAAGCCCCAAAGUCACUCACCUGAGAUACAAAGGAACUUACCUGUUCUGUGCAGCCUGAUGUAAUAAACGAUGUCAUUAGAAAAAAUGUUCUGACCUACUUUUAUGAAGAGUGAAAAAUAAAUGUAACUUUUAGAGUUUUAACAAGGUUUUACUAUAGCCAUAUAAGGAUAAAUUCCCAGCCCCUUGGCGGCCACAUUAGUUUAACAGACCAGAACCAUUUUCGUACACAUCCAAGAUACCUUUUAAAAAAAAUAAUCUGACCAAGUUUCAUGAAGAUUGGAAAUUAAUGUGACUUAAAGAGUGUAAACAAGUUUUUACUUAAGCCAUAUAAGGAAAAAUGCCACACCCCCUGAUGGCAAUGUUUUUAAACCAACCGGAACCAAGAUAUAAUUGGAACAAAGUUUCAUGAAGAUCAGACAAUGAAUCAUGUGGCCUCUAGAGUGUUAACAAGGUCUUACUAUAGCCCUAUAUAGCCAUAUUAGAAAACAAGAGGGCCAAGAUGGCCCUAAAUCGCUCACCUGACUAACCUUGCUACAUCAACUUAAAUUCUAUCAGACCCAUAUACACUGUAACUCCAAUAUAGUGCGGUCUGUUAUAAUGCUGUGUCCAAUAUAACGCAGGGGGUGCUUGGAUCCCGUUUUUUCUCCAACCAUCCAUUUCUGAUUCAAAUAUAUGUUAUGCAACUUCAUGUAUUUUCAGAAAAUUCAAAGACAGCAGCGAUCACAGCUUGAUUGUUUUAUCCGUCUGUGUAACUGAUUUUAAUAGAUUAGAGGUUUAAUGCCACUCGACAGCUAAUUGGUGUUAAUCUGUUGUGUAAUGUCAAUAAAGAUGUGAAAACUCGCAA